AAUUGAAUAAAAAUAAGAAAAUAUCAGCUCAUUAUUUAAUGCAAGAUUAAAUCCCAGUCUCAAAAUCCACGACAAAUUAUAUUAUUAUUAUAUUCUCCGGUUGUCAAAUGGGAAAUCACAACAGCAAUCGUGCUCCGCCGUAUAAAUUCGGACCAUAUUCCGAUCAAUCGGCACCGACAACCUCCGCCCCGAUCGGAUACCCCACUAUGGGUUCGCGUUUGCUCUACAGCCACGUGGAUAUCACCCUGCGCUCUCUGGCCGGACAAGCUGAGGGCUUCGGACGUUUUGCCGUCGGCGGACUAAACGGCGCCGUUUACCGUGUCGUAACCCUAGCCGACGACGGGCCAGGAUCACUACGCGAGGGAUGUCGGAGAAAAGAGCCUUUAUGGAUUGUAUUCGAAGUUUCAGGCACAAUUGAACUCUCGUCGUAUCUAAACGUUUCCUCUUACAAGACCGUUGAUGGGCGUGGUCAAAGAAUUAAACUCACCGGAAAAGGGUUAAGGUUGAAAGAAUGCGAACACGUAAUUAUAUGCAAUCUAGUAUUCGAAGGGGGUAGGGGGCACGACGUUGAUGGAAUUCAAAUCAAGCCUAAUUCAAUGCAUAUUUGGAUAGAUCGAUGCAGCCUGAGUGAUUACGACGAUGGAUUGAUAGAUAUCACUCGACAGAGCACCGAUAUUACCAUCUCUCGGUGUUAUUUUGCAAAUCAUGAUAAAACUAUGCUAAUAGGGGCCGAUCCUACGCAUACGGGUGAUAGAUGCAUACGCAUAACCAUACACCAUUGUUUCUUUGAUGGAACUCGACAGAGGCAUCCGCGUGUCAGAUUUGGGAAAGUUCAUUUGUACAAUAACUACACUAGAGAUUGGGGUAUAUAUGCUGUUUGUGCAAGUGUAGAGUCACAGAUAUACUCGCAGUGCAACAUUUACGAAGCUGGCCAAAAGAAGGUGGCCUUCAAAUACUACACAGAAAAGGCAGCUGAUAAAGCGCAGGAAUGUACGGGGUGCAUUAGAUCAGAAGGCGACCUAUUCGUAACUGGAACUCAACCAGGUUUAGUGCCACUACCGAGUGAGAGUUGCGUAUUUCAGCCUAGUGAAUAUUAUCAGACAUGGACCGUAGAAACGGCAACUAAUGAUCUUAAACAAUUUCUUCAAAACUGCACUGGAUGGCAAGGUAUCCCUCGACCUGCUGAUCUACCGACUUCUUAGUAAACUCUAUUUGUUGUGUGUGUGUAUAUUUAUAUAUUACUCUUAUACAUAUAUAGACACAAGAGUAAAACAUUCGGAAAUAAGUGAUCCUCGUAGCUAGACAGAGCUUGUACGGUUGAGUCACUAUUUUUUUUUUUUUUGUACGUUCCGAUGUUUUUUUCUUCUUCUCAUCCAGGAGGGGCUUUCCUAGGUUGAGACGAACACGGAUAUGGCUUUUUCGUCUGUGCAAUAAUAAUAUUCUACUUAUUUUACUUU